UCCCGCUUUUGGUGGCAAGCGGCCAUACGGCGCAUCACUGAAACGUCAUCUCUUGCUAUUGCUUAGCAUCGCUCUGCAGCCCUGCAGUGCCCCUUUCGAAACCGUUGCUUCCACGCUUGGCCCUUGCUGCUGACCGUCUGCGAUAAUAACCAUGUGUGGUGUCGCCGGUGUCUUGUUGGGUGAUCCCAAGGCCAUCACGGCCGCCGUCGACCUCUACGAGUCCCUCUUCUACCUUCAACACCGUGGCCAGGAUGCUGCUGGUAUCUCUGUAUGCCACGGCGGCCGCGUCUACCAGUGCAAGGACAACGGCAUGGCCCAAAAGGUCUUUAGCCAUUUCUCCGAUGGCAAUGCCUUGAUUAGAAACCUCCCCGGCUGGUGCGGCAUUGCCCAUCUGCGCUACCCUACUGCCGGCAGCUCGUCUGCCUCCGAGGCGCAGCCUUUCUACAUCAACUCUCCCUACGGUAUCUCCAUGUCGGUAAACGGCAACCUGAUCAACUCGGAGUACCUCCGUGAGUUCCUCGAUACCGAAGCCCGUCGACACGUCAACUCUGAUUCCGACUCUGAGCUCCUGCUCAACAUCUUUGCCAACUCGCUCAAUGAGCUCGGCAAGCGCCGAGUCAACACCGACGACAUCUUCGUUGCCCUGCGUGACGUCUAUGAGAAGUGCAAGGGCGGCUUUGCCUGCACAGCCAUGGUCACCGGCUUCGGUAUUCUUGGCUUCAGAGACGCCAACGGCAUCCGACCCCUCUGCUUGGGCUCCCGCCCGUCCACUACCCUCGAGGGUGCCAAGGACUACUUCCUCGCCUCCGAGUCCAUUGCCCUCCGCCAGCUUGGCUUCUCCGACGUGGUUGACAUCAAGCCCGGACAAGCCGUCUUCAUCGAAAAGGGCGGCAACGUCCACUUUAGCCAGAUUGUCGAGCCUCGAUCAUACACCCCCGAUGUCUUUGAGUUUGUCUACUUUAGCCGUCCCGACUCCACCAUGGAUGGCAUCUCCGUGCACCGCAGUCGUCAGAACAUGGGCGCGCGUCUUGCUCAGAAGAUUAAGGCCGUCCUUGGCGAGGAGGCCAUCAAGGAGAUUGACGUCGUUGUCCCGGUCCCCGAGACAUCCAACACAGCUGCUGCUACCCUCGCCAGCUCUCUCGGCGUAGACUUUUCUCUUGCCUUUGUCAAGAACAGAUAUGUGUACCGCACGUUCAUUCUUCCUGGGCAGGAUGCCCGUAAGAAGGGUGUCCGCAGAAAGCUGUCGCCUAUUGAGUCUGAGUUCAAGGGCAAGAACAUUAUUAUUGUCGACGACUCCAUUGUUCGCGGUACAACGUCGCGCGAAAUCGUCCAGAUGGCCCGUGAAGCCGGUGCCGUCAAGGUCAUCAUGGUGUCUUGCUCGCCUGAGAUUAAGAACCCUCAUAUCUACGGUAUCGAUCUUGCCGACCCCCGCGAACUUGUCGCAUACGGUCGCACAACAGACGAAAUCGCGCAGCACAUCAAUGCCGACGCCAUCAUCUUCCAGGACAUUGACGACAUGACUGGCGCCUGCGUGGAUGCCUCCGAGGGCGAGACCAAGGUCAAGGACUUUGAGGUCGGUGUCUUCUCGGGCAAGUACAUUACGGAAGUGCCCGAAGGCUACUUUGAGCACUUGCAGAACCUGCGUGGAAAGAAGGACAAGUUUGCCGCCAUUGUCAACAAGGCUCCCUCCACCAACGGUGUUUCGAACCCCGAAUACCGUGAGGAUAUCAAUAUCCACAACCUCGCCAACUAAACAUCCCCUCUAGCAUUUUUUACGAAACCUACCCUUUUUUUUGACAUAUACCACGAAAACCGAAACAUUUUGAUGAGCACCAGUUUUUUCCUUUUACUGCGACGAUUGAUUAUAAAGAAAGCUACUUUUAAUAGCUGUUGGAAAAAAGCAAAGAAGCGAGGGCGAGAUUCGUGGCGUGAGGACGACUGUAGAUGAGCGAAGAGGAUGACGCAACGAAAACCCUUUACUUGAUAGAUUUAGAGCCCUACAGUCUAAUAGCACCCGCGAGGGCCAACACCGAUAUUUUGAAACAAAACUGCUAUCAAACGUGAAUAAUAACAGUAAGUCUCUGGAAUGUGAAUAAGAGUAUCACCAUCAUCAAAACGGUUGUAAAGAUGGCAGUAUGAUGGAUGAAGAAAAAGAACAGAUGCUGGUAUUAUAAAUUGUCGAUGCUGCAACGCUAUGCUAUGCUAUAUUAACAAUACAAUUCAGAGGGAAUAAGGCAACAAUGCAACGCCAAAAAAAAGAAAACUCCUACUUGUGCCUGUCAUCACUCCUAGGCAAGAUCACGCACAGGCUUGACAAACACUUUAUCCUCAAAGUCGCCGCACAUGUCGUCCCAGCGAAUCUUCUCCGCCUCCCCGUCUACAUAUCUAUCCGUCUGCAUCCAGAGGCCGUUAUCCAGACCACGCGCUCUCAGCAUCUGCUUGCCGUGGCCCGUCCACCACUGCCGCUUCCACCACUCGUCCAUCUUGGACUUGUCGCCAUUAUAAUGCAGCACUGCAGGGAUACUCCUCGCAUGAAAAUUUGUAAACAGCUGCAAAUCGCGCCACGAGCUCUCCCCUGCGCCAUACGGGAUCGGCAAAUCAAGCAUGUCCCGCGGAAACGGGAACUCAUUGCCAAAGAUGCGGUUCGUCUUAUGCUUCUUAUCCUUCUUCGCAAGGUCCACCGUAUUGCUAUGCACCACCAGCGACAUAUCGCCCAAGGCUGCGUUGAGCGACUGGAACAUGGUGCUCGUCAGGUCCACGCCGAGCUUAUAGUCGGUAUGCGUCGUCUCGAUGUGCGGGACGAUCAGGCUGCUUUCGCGGAACUGCUCGCCAAAGCCAAACACCCACUCCUUGCUUCCGCGCUGGUACUGCCGCGAGAGCUCCUGGCGGCCAUAUAUAUUGCUAAAGUAGUCUUGGUCGCCGCCGCCCGUUUCGUACGCCGUCCACAUCGCGUGUGCGCGCUCGUAGAGCUUCAGCAUGUCCUUGACGGGGCCGAUGAUGGUGCCGGAGCAGAGCCAUCGCGGGCGGUUUGUGUGCGUGCUCGUGUCAGUGCGGGGGCCGUAUGCGUUGUGUGGGAGAGGCGAUGUCGGGACCGCGUAGCACGCUGGGUGUCUGUGGUCGAAGGGCCAGCAGAACUUCUCGGCGCCCAUGACGAUGCUGAGGUCGAGGCCGAGUUGGGAUACUUGCUCGGCGCCGUGCUGUCUGAUGAGGCGGGCCAUGGUCUGGCUGCGGAACACGUUGUAGCGGUGGACAAGCACCGAGGGGGGAAGCUGGAAGACUACGUCGUGGGCGUCGGCCAUGAUGAUGAGGUCGUCGGAGGCAGAGGCGGGCAGAGAUCGCAUGUACUGCAACACGCCCCAGUUCUUACCCGUCGUCAUGUCGUAACCGUUCAUGGAGUCGUCGCCCUCAUUUUGCUGCCAGUUGAUGAUGACGGGCGGCGGGUAGUCGUUGACAAUGGCGC